AUGAGUACUUCUAAAUCGGCGGGUAAAAGACGAGAUGAUGAACCGUACGGGACAUCCUCUAAAACAAAGAGUAAGGCAGAAUUAAAAAGGGAGGAGGAGUCAUUCUCGAAGUACGUUAAAGAACAGCAAAAAGCUUUAAAGAACAAAGGGAAGAAUGGUGACUUUUCCACUUUCUCCAGUGGAAAAUGGCCCAUUGAACGCCUAAGUAAUGACGGAAAAAGCAUCAAACCAAUAAAACCACAAGGCAGAGUUGUGUACGGUACGCCACCACCCAGUUUUAAGAGUCGAACUGAGACUGAGCCAACAAAUAUACUAUUCGUUGCUGAUCAAGUGCGUGAUAACCCUAAUCCACUUACGGCGCCACAAAGAAAAUCUCGUUUCCCUCUUAAAGUUGAUUCUGCGAGUUUCGGGAUUAGUCUAGCUGAAGAAAAUAAUCAAUCUUCGGUGAAUAAAACCCCUUGUGAAACGAAUUUUGAUAUAUGCCAAGAAAAGAAUAACCAAUGCAUCACAUCAUUAGAGGGCAGAGAGAUUGCUGAAUUCCUGGACGAGGUACAUAAGAAAAGAGUUAGCGAUUCGUUCAGGCAGAGAAAGCAUGAGGAGAAGCUUAAACGUGAAUCAGUUAUCCAGGAUGUCUCUUCUGACUUAUCGUAUAACAAAGAAACCGUUAACACUGUUAACGAUCAAGUUCCGAAAUUAUCACAUGAUACAGAAACCGUUAACGAUCAAGACUUGAGAUUACCACGUGGGCAAGAAUAUUAUAGAUGA